AAUAUGCUUGAGAACCUGUUGAGAAUGACACUGAAACACUUCAGACGAACUUUAACUUCUCUGUUAACUUGGACUGACCUUGUGAUGAUGGAUAGCUUGCUUGGGGGAUUCAGUGAAACAAAGAAAGCCACUGAGGAAAUUCAGAAGAUUUGUGAUCAGGUGAAGCACCAAGUGGAGAGACACACAAACAAGACCUACAAGGUGUUCACAGCAGUUGAAUACAGGGAGCAGAUUGUGGCUGGAAGAAUUUUCCUCAUCAAGGUUCAUGCAGGAGAACAAAAUUACAUUUUUCUGAAUGUCUUCCGAAAGCUUCAAUGUGAUGGAGGAGGACUUGAGCUGCUUGGUGUGCAGGAGAAUCAUCACAAACCCGACCCACUCGUCCCUUUCUAACAUGAUCACGGAGCCUGUUUCAGCUGCUCAGUGCACGUCUUUGUCCUGAUCGUAUUCAGUAAUUCCUCGAUGUUAUGGCGAGUGUUUCAUUUCCAGUGAAUAAAGGAACAAUAAAGAAAGGAACAGAAAA